AUGUACGACGGAAAACCUAUGGUGCAGAUCUCACAUUUGUUCUCUCCGUGUGAGCGUCCACGCGGCGCGGAAGCGGACACGAUCUGCAGCUCUGUCAUUCCAAUCUGGGUCAAACUCGGCCGAUCCAUCUCCCCCCGGGCCCCUGUAUGUAUGAGGCCCCCAAGUGGGUCUGGGGCCACUGCAGACGGAGGCAGUGCUGGCCUACAUGAGCCAGGCAUGACAAACGAUUCCAAGAACAAAACGCUGCAGACCGAAGGAACGGAGGCUCCAAGAAGAGGCAGAGGCGAGCACACAGUGGCACCGCGUCUGCACAGCUGGACUUCGGAGCAGAUUGGCGUGAUGUGA